AUGGCUUCUUCAAAAGUCCUUGCUGUUAUUCAUAUCAUUUCUCUACUUCUGCCCACCACCCUCUCACAAACAGUGGGGAACUCACCACCAGACCCCAGCAUUGCUGAAUGUGGUCCUUACCUGCUGCCCUUAGCACCCUGUGGACCAUUUGUGCAGGGCACAGUGCCCUUUCCUGCCCUGCAAUGCUGCAUUAACCUCCGCCAACUCUACGCCCAGCAAGCUAGUUGCCUAUGUCUCUUGAUGAAUGGUUCCUCCUUGAGCGCUUUCCCGAUCAACACCACAUUAGCUCUUCAGCUGCCAACCCUCUGCACCAUGCAGAUCGACCCCUCCAUCUGUUCAGGUAUCUUACAUAACAUAACGAUUUCCCUUAUUCCCCGUUUUACCUCUGAAAAAUCUUCAUUCGGGCCAAAAAACAACUCAACUAUUGCAGCUUCUCCAGUGGUUACAGUUGAGCCUAGGAUGCCUGGUUUAAUAGGGUUCGGAUUUCAGCAUAGCUCGGGUGUAAACAUAAAUGUUAAGGAUUCUCUGAUGGUUGUAAUACUCACUUCUUGGAGUUCAUUGUUUUGGGUCUAA